AUGGAGAGGAUGGCAGAACAGCUGCGCCAAUUGCAGGCUAAUGUCGAUGGUCGAGCGGAGAGGCGCGCUCGAGGACACCCGUUUUCGGCGGACAUACUGGCAGCACCCUUGCCAAGUAAUUACAAGGAUACCAACUUGGUGUUCGAUGGGAAUUCCGACCCGUCAAGACACGUGAGGACAUUUGAAAAUAUGGCGGUGUUGCAUGGAUAUACUGAUCCUGUUAGCUGCAGGGCCUUUUUAUCGACCCUUAGGGGAGGGGCGCUCGACUGGUUCCAACAGCUCCCCCUAGGCUCGAUUGUGGACUUCGGGGAUUUUGCGGAGAAGUUGACAAAUCAAUAUUCAAGGGUAGUGGCUCAGGAGAAGACGUAUUUGACACUGAUGGCGAUGAAACAAGGCGAGAAAGAAUCACUGCGUAAAUAUGUCGCUCGAUACAACCAGGCUUGCUUGGAAAUUUCGUCGGCUGUCGAUGAGGUCAAGGCGGGAGGAUUAAUUAGGAGUUUGUGGGCAGGACCAAGGUGUCGGGAGGACUCCUUGGGGAGGAGCGAGGAGGAUGAUGAUGAGGAUGCACGAGGUGGUCAAGAUGGUCGGAAAAGAGAUGAGGGGAAAAGGAGGCGAGGAAGUAGGGAGCGAGAAAGAGAAGGAGAUGGAGGUCAAGUGAAGAGAGGCACGAUAUAUAUGAUUUCAGGAGGACCGACGGAUGGCGACUCGAAUAACGCAAGGAGAGGCCAUGUUCGAGCAAUGAAAAGGAAGAGAGAGGAGGUGGGUAUCACGGCCCGGGUACCAGAAAUCAGUUUUCGAGCAGAAGAUGCAGCAGGGGUGGUAGUAUCUCACAAUGAUGCCCUGGUAAUUACGGCUGAAGUCGCAGGUUUUGAUGUGAAGAGGGUGUUUAUAGACACAGGGAGUUCGGUUGAUGUCAUGUUUUAUGAUUGCUUUGUGCAAAUCAAUCGGGAGUUGAAUGUGGAGCUGAAGCCGGUGGCCACGGCCUUGUAUGGUUUUAAUGGCGGGGAGGUUAUGCCGAUGGGGGAAGUGAGUCUAUCUGUAGCACUGGGAAAAGGAGCAACCCGGAAGGUUCAAAUGGUGAGAUUUCUGGUCGUAGGAGCUGAAUCAUCCUACAACAUCAUAAUGGGGAGAACGAGCCUAAACGCUUUCCAGGCGGUCGUGUCCACGUACCACAUGACGAUCAAAUAUCCGGUGGGCAAAAACGUUGCGAGAUCGCUGGGGAUCAACUUACCUCGAGAAGCUGCUACCAGACCACU